AGAUCCUGUGUGUCACUUGUCUGUGUUGCAGGCGGAUGAUGCUAGAACCCGUUCCUCAGGAGUUCUACGUAUGUUUCCAUGACUCGGUGCCGGAGGUUCCUGUGGAGAUGGCUUUCAGGCUCUCGUUCGGCCUGGCCGUGUGAUUUUUAUUCAGGUUUCUAUUCUAGGUCACGUUGAAUAUUAAAUACCUGCAUGACUCUAUAUGAAGAACAGAGACUAUGAGGAGUGAUGGAUUACAUAAAAGAAUUUAAUAGUGUGAAAUAGAGGAAAUGAACAGGAUUUUGUCAUCUGAAAACCUCAACAUUUAUACCUCAGAUUGCGCUUUUUAAGGAGAGGAUAAAGCUAACAGGCUUAGAGGAUAUUAGUGCAAGUGUAACAAGUUAAUUUUAAAAUGUCAACAAAGCUCUGUUAUAGUAUUAGGAUUUAUAAAUCUUUGUUUUAACGUCAGCAAAAAUUGCUGUUAUAUUGUAGUUGCAUUAUUUGGGGUUUCUACCGUUGUUGUAGCUGGGGUAAUUUUUAGUGUGACGCAUUGGGAGAUAGUAUGCUGCUCGUGUUUAGCACGUGCUCAGGGGCACCGCGAGUGGGCAAGGAAGCGGGUUUGCACUUUGCAGACGGUCCCUUGGAAUCUGUUUCUUCGGUGUUCGCACAUAGAGAAUUCUGCCCUAUUCUACUCUGUUAAAGGUGUUCGGUCCGACUGCAAAGCAGAUAGAUGUGUACAAGAGUGUGGUGUGUCCCAUAUUAGAUGAAGUCAUCAUGGGUUAUAACUGCACCAUUUUUUCACCUAACGAGGAAUUCACCUGGGAGGAGGAUACUCUGGCUGGUAUCAUCCCUCGUACUCUUCACCAGAUCUUUGAGAAGCUGACCACGAACGGCACAGAGUUCACUGUGAUGGUUUCCCUGCUGGAGAUUUAUAACGAAGAGCUGUUUGACCUGCUCAGUCCCUCGUCGGGUGUCACAGAGGGGCUGCAGCUGUUUGACAACCCCAGAAACAAGGGAGGUGUUAUCGUUCAGGGACUGGAGGAGAUAACGGUGCAUAACAAGAACAAGGUCUAUCAGGUCCCUGAGAUAGGAUCAGCCAAGAGGAAGACUGCAGCCACGCUGAUGAACGCAUCAUCCAGGUGCAGCAGGAGGAAUGUUCACAACCCGGAAGAGUGAGGAACGUGUCGGGCAUUUCCUGCUAAUUGUAAUAUAGUUUUUUUGAUGUUUCAGUUGUUUUGUUUGUUGUUAUUUAUUUAUUGUUUGUUAAUUGUAGUUAAUUGUUUGGUUUUGUAAGUUUUUAUUUAUUUAUUUAUUUAUUUAUUUAUUUGUUGUUGUUUUUUUU